CCUCUAAGGGGACACGCUAGAAAGACUCCGCGCCAUGAGAGUUUGACCCAUGAGGCUACAGAGAGAACAAGUCAGGGCUGGACCGAGGCCCACCGAGGGUCUCGGAUGUUCCUGCAGUGCCUCACGGAGGGACUCCUCCAGGGCCUUCUCUUCUUGCCCCCAGGCUCAGGGAAAACCACGCUGCUGGAUGCCAUGUCCGGGAGGCUGCGGCGCCAGGGGACCUUCCUCGGGGAGGUGUGCGUGAACGGGCGCGCGCUGCGCAGGGACCAGUUCCAGGACUGCUUCUCCUACGUCCUGCAGAGCGACACUCUGCUGAGCAGCCUCACGGUACGCGAGACGCUGCGCUACACGGCGCUGCUGGCCAUCCGAGGUGGAUCCCGUGGCUUCUUCCGGAGGAAGGUGGAGGCAGUCAUGGCAGAGCUGAGUCUGAGCCACGUGGCGGACCGACUGAUUGCCAACUACAACUUUGGGGGAAUUUCCAGUGGUGAGCGGCGCCGGGUCUCCAUCGCAGCCCAGCUCCUCCAGGAUCCCACGAUCAUGCUGUUUGAUGAGCCAACCACAGGCCUGGACUGUAUGACUGCGAAUCAGAUCGUGGUCCUCCUAGCAGAGCUGGCUCGAAGGGACCGCAUCGUGAUCCUCACCAUCCACCAGCCCCGCUCUGAGCUCUUCCAGCUCUUUGACAAAAUCGCCAUUCUGAGCUGUGGAGAGCUGGUUUUCUGUGGGACCCCAGUGGAAAUGCUUGAUUUCUUCAAUGACUGUGGCUACGCUUGUCCUGAACAUUCAAACCCUUUUGAUUUUUACAUGGACCUGACAUCAGUGGAUACCCAAAGCAAAGAACGGGAAAUAGAAACCUACAAGAGAGUCCAGAUGAUUGAAUCUACCUACAAAAAAUCAGCAAUUUAUCACAAAACCUUGGAGAAUAUUAAAAGAACAAAGCACCUGAAAACAUUACCAAUGAUUCCUUUCAAAACCAAAGAUUCUCCUGGAGCUCUCUUUAAACUGAGCGUUCUCUUAAGGAGAGUGACGAGAAACUUGAUGAGAAAUAAGCUGGCAGUGGUCAUGCGUCUCGUUCAGAAUCUGAUCAUGGGUUUGUUCGUCAUUUUCUUCCUUCUACGGGUCCAGAAUGAUGUGCUAAAGGGUGCUGUCCAGGACCGCGUGGGUCUUCUGUACCAGUUUGUGGGUGCCAUGCCAUACACAGGCAUGCUCAAUGCUGUGAAUCUGUUUCCUGUACUGCGAGCUGUCAGCGACCAGGAGAGCCAGGACGGCCUGUAUCAGAAGUGGCAGAUGCUGCUGGCCUAUGUGCUGCACGUCCUCCCCUUCAGUAUCCUCGCCACCGUGAUUUUAAGCAGUGUGAGCUACUGGACUCUGGGCUUAUACCCUGAGGCUGCCAGAUUUGGAUAUUUUUCUGCUGCUCUCUUGGCCCCCCACUUAAUUGGUGAAUUUCUAACCCUUGUGCUACUUGGUAUGGUCCAAAAUCCAAAUGUGGUCAACAGCAUAGCGGCUCUGCUCAGCAUUGCUGGGGUGCUUGUGGGAUCUGGAUUCCUAAGAAACGUACAAGAAAUGCCCAUUCCUUUUAAAAUCUUCAGUUAUUUUACAUUCCAAAAAUAUUGCUGUGAGAUUCUUGUAGUCAAUGAGUUCUAUGGACAGAAUUUCACUUGUGGCAGCUCAAACGGUUCUGUGAAUAUUAAUCCAAUGUGUGCCCUCAGUCAAGGAAUUCAAUUCAUUGAGAGAACCUGCCCAGGUGCAACAUCCAGAUUCACAACAAACUUUCUGGUUUUGUAUGCAUUUAUCCCAGUUCUUGUCAUCCUGGGAAUAGUUGUUUUUAAAAUAAGGGAUCAUCUCUUUAGCAGAUAGCAGAGAACACUGCCAUCCAAAAUGGAUACAUCCAAAAAUGGAACUUAAAGCUCCUAGGUGUGCAUGACUGCUUUCAGUGUCUGAGAUAAGAAUGCCACGUGUUUCUUGAUAGUUUAUAUCUUAAGUUUUUUAACUGUUAAGACUCCAUUGUGCCCCUUGAUCCAUGUAGGACUGGA